GCUCACUGCACAGCGAACACGGAACUACUGUUAGCGCUCCAUCUCUGUACAGAGAAGAGGCGUGAACGUAUUCUGGAAAACCAAACACCUAAUCAUUUCUGGGCUGACUGGUGUUUUAUUCGUCGUUAAUGAUGUUCCGCUUGCGGGUGUUGUCCGCAGUUUCGGUGGGGUUGGUGCAGGCGUCCCGCCGUUACCACAGUGGUGCAGUGCGAGGGACCAGCAGGAGGAGGCUGAUGCUGGCAGCCUUGGCUGGGGUAACUGGUGUGUCUGCUAGCGCUGGACUUCUUUGGACAAGAGCAUACGCUGAUGCAGGACCCUCUGUUCAACACUCUGAGCAAGCAAGUCGAGGGGAAGCUGAUUUUGUGAAAGAUACAGACCCAGAGACAGACUCAGAGAAAUCGUUGGAGUCCAGCUGUGGAGAUGAAGAUUCAAAAGAUGAAGGUGGAGAGGGAAGAAAAAAGAAGCCACGCUUAGGAUUCCGUGACCGCAAGGUGAUGGAGUAUGAGAACAGAAUAAGGGCUUAUUCAACUCCAGACAAGAUUUUCCGUUACUUUGCCACACUGAAAGUCAUCAGCGAGCAUGGGGAUGCUGAGGUCUACAUGACACCCCAGGACUUCAUACGCUCCAUCACACCCAAUGAGAAGCAACCUGAGAAUCUAGGCCUGGAUCAGUUCAUUGUGAAGCGCUAUGAUGGGAAGGACUUCUGGCAGACGGAGAAAAUUGCCCAGGAGAGGGAGAAGUUUGCAGAUGAGGACAGCAUAUUUUACUCACUGGGAGAAUGUGGCCUUAUCUCCUUUUCUGACUACAUCUUCCUCACCACUGUGCUCUCAACUCCCCAAAGGAACUUUGAGAUUGCAUUCAAGAUGUUUGAUCUGAAUGGCGAUGGAGAGGUGGACCUGGAAGAGUUUGAACAGGUCCAAAGCAUCAUUCGAUCCCAGACCAGCAUGGGUAUGCGCCACCGUGACCGGUCCACCACAGGCAACACCUUGAAGACAGCCGGCUGCAGCUCUGCACUCACCACCUACUUCUUUGGAGUGGACUUGAAGGGAAAACUUACUAUUGGCAGCUUUCUGGAGUUUCAAAGGAAACUUCAGCAUGACGUGCUCAAACUAGAGUUUGAGAGGAACGAUCCUAUGGAUGGCAGAAUCACAGAGAGACAGUUUGGGGGUAUGCUGCUGGCCUACAGUGGCGUCCAAUCUCGUAAACUCAAGCAGAUGCAGAAGGGCUUGAAGAAAAUGUUUAAGGAUGCACAGGGAAUCACAUUUGAGGAGGUGGAGAACUUCUUUACUUUCCUAAAGAAUGUGAAUGACGUGGACACAGCUCUGAGUUUCUACCACAUGGCUGGAGCGUCGAUAGAUAAAGCUACCAUGAAGCAGGUGGCCCGCACUGUAGCCAAAGUGGAGCUGUCGGAUCACGUGUGUGACGUGGUGUUUGCUCUGUUCGACUGUGAUGGGAAUGGAGAGCUCAGUAAUAAGGAGUUCAUAGCCAUCAUGAAGCAGCGACUGAUGCGUGGGCUGGAGAAACCUAAGGACAUGGGCUUCACUCGCUUGGUGCGUGCCAUGUGGAAGUGCGCCCAGGAUACGGCCUGGGACUUUGUCUCACCAAAAACGUAAUGGAGAGCAGAGACAACACGUGAGAGAGAGAGAGAGAGAGAUGGGCGCUUUCAUUCUGCAGGUUUCAACAAUUCAAACAAAAUAACUAAUUAAGACUGCAACUGGGAGUGGCGUAAUUAAUCAUUUUUGCAUGUCCCUGUAGUUCAUGCCAUCAUUAUAGUGAGGCAUAAUGUGAGGGAAGCAUCCUGACUCAGUCUCCUGUCUAAGGCAUUAUUAUGGGUAUUUGUAUAUUUUACAAUAUACAGUGUAUGUUUAUUUUUCCAUGUUCUGGAAAAGAAUGCAGCAUCAGCUCUUUAACCAUGCAGCUGUUUGGAAAACACUAAAAACACUAGUGUCUGUUUGUACAACAGCAAAAUGCAAAACUGGAAGAGGAGUCGGUCUUAAUAAAGCUGCAUCUGACUGUUUAAUACUGACUGCAGACCCUCUGUGAUGUUUGUUUUGAGACAGAAUGGGCUGCACCUCUUCCUCCAGUCUUUAGCUCCACAUCCCUCUGUAGUCCUCUCUCUGUCCCAUAAAAGAUCAGUAAUGCUCAUCUUAUCCUGCAGUGUUCAAAGUGUGUAUUCUAAUUAUUAUUGCUCACUGAAAUACUUUAUAUAAGAUGUAUGUUCAAAGAAAUGUUCUAUUAAAGAUGUUUUAAUAUUA